AUGAGAGUGAAGAGGCCUCGUGAAAGGAAGAUCUUGCUCUCGGUGAUCUGCAGCAGCGAGGGAGAAAAGAUCCAAAGAGAGAUAGGCGCUAUAAGAGGAGAUACAAUCCACAUACAGGAAAAGAUAAGUGCUUUUGAUUGUGUGGAGCAAGUGGAGAAGUUGAUGAAGAAGAAGAAGUCCGGGAUAUUUAUUUCUGUAACCAAGGAGAAUCUCCUUGUGAUUGGACGUACUUUCAACGAUGAGAUUAUAGAUAUGGUUGAGUUCAAGAUAAAUAAAUAUCAACCGGUGUCGGACUUUGAGUGUGUAAGCCCAGAGCUCCAUAUGAAAUAUUUUGUGGUUCUAGAGAACAUUAAUAACCCUAGGCUGGAAAGUCUUGUGAUAGAUCUUUUCAACAUGAGAAGUUCCAAGGUCUGUCUAGAAGGGAUAAGAUACUCAUGGGUCUUUGCAAGGACAGAAAGCGGAUAUGUACUGAAGUAUGUCCGGGUUUUAAAGGAUCUUAGUGUUGAGGAUUGUGGGCCUUUGUUUGAAAUGGAGCUUGCAAGAAGCUAUCAUUGUAGUGACGAGCUUUAUAAAAAGGCACUUGAUGAGCCGAGCAAGCCCAGGAGGAAUACAACCAAGAAUUUAUUCAACGAUAGGAUAGGGACUAUUUAUAUUGACAAGCAGGAUCUCAGAGACAUCAAACUCAAGAAGACCAAAAGAUCUGGUGGCGUUCAGGAGAGAACUUAA